AGUUUUCGUUUCUUGAAGUCAAUCAAACUGCGAAAUUUUCGGAAAGAACAGAACCAAAUUUACAACUAAGUUUUUUGUUUACUGUAGUCUUAAAUUUAAUUAUUCGUUUUUGUUCCCAGUUUUGUAUAUUGUUAUUAUCCUCAGAUAUGGCUCAACCGGAGGAAGAUAACGAAACCGAGAGCGGUGCAUCGGAAUCCGAAGAGACCGGUAGCAGCGAAGAAGAAGAAGAGGCUGAGACUAGUAAUGAAAUUAUUAAUGUGGACUUCGAAGCUCGCUCACCAGAGGAAUCUGAUUGUGAGGGAAUUCGGAAAUUGUUAUUUCAGUUGUUGCCUCAGACAACAAUCAAUUUGCGAGAAUUGUCGGAGUUAGUUAUUUCUCAGAACUACAUUGGAGCCGUAAUAUUUCAGCCUACUGAUGAAGGUCCUUCAGAGGAGUCUGCGCAAUCCACGGACGACGAAGAGGAUAUUUUUGGAUUGACAACCGUGGUUAAUCUGACUGCUCGCAAAGAUAAGCAAUGUAUAAAAGAUUUUACUCGGUUUUUGAAAGAAAAGUACGAUCUUCAAAAAGAUUGUAAUGAAAGCCGGGCCAGGUUUUCGGAUCUGUUUGAGGAAAAACUGGGCAACGUUGGAUGGAUCAUCAAUGAGCGCUUCAUAAAUCUGCCAUCGCAAAUUGCUCCCAGCAUGUUCCAGAGCUUAAAGAAAGAUGUCGAAGAUGCUGCUUCAAAAUCUAUGCCAUACAAAAUGGAUAAAACUCUUUUAAUAGCUAAAGCGCACAUACCGAAAGGAGGUUCCAGUAAAAAUCCUGUGUUCUCCAAUGACGAAGAAGAGCUCCUUUUUGAGAAAUCUUUGGCCAGUUUCUGCUAUACUACCGGAAACGAAAAGGAUACUACAAGCGCGACCGCCGAGUGGAAAAACAAGAAGGACAAAGAGUUGGUGUCUAUCCGAAUAGUAAUGCUUCUGGAGCCUAGCACAGUUUUCAAACAGGUUGAUGCUUUUAGCAGCUUGUUGUCUGGAAUGUGAAUUCUGUGAUAGACGAAAAUCGCUUCUUCAUUAUUGUCAGAUUGGGAAGCGGUUAACUAUGAGAACAUUACCAUAGCUUCGGCCAGUACUGAAUCUGCGACCUUUUGUUCAGUUUGACACGAAGUUUUGUCGUAGAAAAUGUUAUUUUGUGAUUAUGCGCGUAUGUCUCCAGUUAAAACGUCUCAAAACGUA